AUGGCGUUGCCUGCGUUCGGCUGCGAACAGCAGCGGAGCUAUACUUUCCCCAUGCACUGCAAGCGCUCCCUUAACCCGACACUGACGCAUCAGUUCGAGGUGACGUGGCCGUGGCCAGCGCUGCAGCGCAAAAGGCGGUCUCGCGUCGCCAGCGGUACUGGCAAUGCGCAGGUCGUGGUGAGCUCGUCGAACACACCGCAGGGCGUCCUUUUCAAGGAGGAGGACGAGGCAGAGGAGGGAGAGGAUGACGAGGGAGAGGUGCCCGAGGAGGGAACCGGCAAGGAGGGUGUGCCCGGCAGUGACGCAUCCGCCGCGGUCUGCAGUAGCGUAUCGCCACUUUGGCGAGAGCGACGCCGCUACGGACGGCCAACGUUCAUCCUUGACCUCUCGAGUGACCCGUUUCUUGGCGGGCAUGAGACACGUCGCGCUAGUGUGCUUCUCUCACCAGGCCAUCGCUGCCUCUUACCCUUGGUCGAGCUUGGCGAGCCGGCGCAGCUGCCGGACAGGGCCGGUGUGGCUUUCUGGCGCACAGCCUUCAAGCCGCCAUCCCGCAGGGCAGAGUCGUUGUCGUCCUCCUCGCAUCCUAGCGCCGCCUACCAGCCGCCGUACUGCGCUGAGCUUGUCGUCGGUGAGCUUCCCAGGAUUGAGCGGGCGGUUCGACAGCGCCGUGAGAGGGCGAUUGCGUCACCCCGACGCAACAAGACGCAUGCGUCUAUGAGGCCGUCGUUUCUGUCUCGCAUUUUACUCGAGCCCCUCACGCAGCUCAGUGCGCCCCCGCCGACAGCCGGAGAGGAGGAGAACUUGCCGGCAGAGAGCCCCGGUCGUCCAUCGCCGUGUGCGAAACCAGAGAAAGAGACGGCGCCCGCCUCAUCGGUGACGUCAGCGACGGAGCAUGGUCAUGGGCAGAUAGCUGCGGCAUCGAGCCCACCAGCAGCGUCAUCACGGUCCCAGCGAGGCUCAGCCUUCGCACCCACGCCGGUGCUUACCUUUUUCUUCUACACCAUCCCGUUCCGCCUUCGCUGGCUCUCACAGCUGCCGGGAUGCAUCGUUGUCUCUCUGCCAUGCGAGGAGCGACUACUGACCUUGCAUGCACCUCAUGCGAAUGGCGACCACAGCGGCGCACGGCAGCCAUCACCGUCGUUGGUGCGUGGCGGUGGCAGCACAACUCCGACUGCGAUCAUUGCCAUGUCAGAGGUGCACAGCUACGCGCUGCCGCGCGGUGUGGUUCCGCUCGAUAUCUCGGAGGUGUUUGACCGCCCCUUUCUCGCCAUAGGCACGGCUGAGCACGGGGUGCUGCUGUGCCACCUCGACACGUCGACCGGUGCCGUGCAGAGCAUCGCGCGCUGGAUCUCGCUGAGGGGGUAUGGGAGCUCUCUGUACCCGGUGACGCGCCUCGCGGCGGUGUUCCCUGCACGUCAGCCGGAGCGCGCGCCGGGUUGCUUCACCGACUUCCCCGCAGCACCUCCGUGGGCGAGGCACGCGGCCGACCUCGAAAGCCUCAAUGACGGCGCGCUCGUGUGCUCCUCGCCGUACGAGGCCACCACCGCUGUUGUCAAGCUCGGCGUGGCCGCAGAGGGCGUGGUGGAGGACUUCUCUGUCCUCCGCGGCGUCGACACGAUCCUCGACGUGAGCGCGACUGUGCAGCCCGAUUUGGGACCACUAGUCUGCACCGUGGCGCGGAAGCUGCUACGGUUGCGUGUCGUUGACUCCGCGGCCGAGGCGGCGGAGCGGCGCACUGCAAUUCUGAAGAAAAAGUUGGACUCCGGCCUUGCCGAUCGCGUGAGUCCGUGCCUGACUUACGACCGGAUGGCGCGGCUGGAAUGCCCGGUUCUCCACGUCGCCUCCAGCCCUGCUGUCGUGCAGUCCUUCACCGAAAAGUACGUGAGUCGGCGCAGCUACACGAAGCACUGGCAGUUUGCAGUGGACAGCUCGAAUCGCGUGGCACUGCUAGACCGGACGGUGAGCCAAUACAUUGUCCACUCCACCUUUCAGUUAUGCCGCCGCGGCUCAGCAGCCGGGGAGGGGCGAGUCGCGCCGGCCAGCUCUCUUCUACCCGUCUCCAUCACGGCAGACCGCAGGAACGAGAGGCGGGCAAAGUCGCCUUGCGCAGGCGAAGAGGAGGAUGUGCUCGGCAACGGCUGUGAGGCAGCCGCAGAAGACAACGAGGACAACAUGCCCUUGCCGUCGCCUCCGUCGACGCGGCUCUCGCCAACCCCUGUUGGUGGCCAGAAACGUCCGCGACCGGCGCCGAAGACCUCAAGGAGCAAGAGGAGGUCUGAGCCGGCUGCGAAGCGUCGUGGAGCAGCGGCUGUGCCGUCCUCCGCUGGUGCUGCCGGUGCUAAGGAGGAAAGGGAUGAGGACGAGGACGACGGCGAAGACGACGCAUCGCCGGGCAAGGUGAACUCGUUUCAUGCCUUCGCAUCGGCGAUCCCCAUUGAGGAUGCCUGCAGCGGUGUCGUGGUGACGCGUGUGCAGGAUCAGAUGAUCCAAGUGGCUGCCGCACACGACCGUGACUGCAUUUCUCUGGUCACGUGGCGCAUCGGUCUUGUUACCCCACCACCAUCACCGAUGUCUUCUGCCGCGGCAACCACCAUCACGGAAGCCUCCGCUGCAUGCGGCAUGGCAGAUGCGCAGCCGUAG